GGAGACAUCGUCAUGAUUCAUACAAUGUCAAAGUGUUAGUUGUCAUAUAUCCCUUACAUGUCUCAUACGUGGUAGCGUCAGGUGAUGUCCAAAAUUGUAGUUGAUCACAGACUACGAGUAGACACGAAAGUAAAAAAUGGCGUUGGGAAUUUGGAAAUAUAUUCUGACUUGUAUCGUCAUAAAUUCAGUGGUCAGCGAGAGGAUAAAGGAUAUGAUUUACAUGCCUUUGGAAGGUGCGGCUGCUUGUUUCCGAAGACACAAUGGCACACAUCAGUUUGGAUGUUCUUCUAGUAGAUCAGGCAGCGUAGGUGUUGUGCAUCUACUUGAAGUCGAUAGUGAUCUUAUUUGGAUAGAAAAUAAUGCCACCGCAGGUCCGUACACUGUGGUUGUGCCGUUUUCAAUGUUCACCAGCAACACGCUCGUGAGACUGCGAAAUACAAAUAAUAUAAAUGGAGUAUUGUUAGCAAGGAAUAUCAGCCGAGAUCGACCAUCCAGUUAUUCACCCGAAGACAAAUGUCCGAAUCGGUAUUCUGGUUAUAAAAAAUGUAACGAUGUAAAACCAUGGAAUCCCUUUGGGUCUGCGUUGCUCAUGGAGGACUGGCCGUUCCCCAUGUUUUAUACAGAUAAUCAGACGGUGUUGGAAGCUAUAAAGACCUGUUUCUGGGCGCACAAUGCCCACGACCUCGAGACGCAGUAUCAGAGAUCGUUGUGCGCACUCGAGAUGAAGUCGUUCAUGUAUGCCGCCGUCAACUCGGAAUCUUGCAUAAGGCGUACCGACUUCAAGCUGAAUUUCAAUCCGACGCAAUUCUGCGACCCGCUCGGCGACAGGAACAUACAUUGGCCUCUGGCGCCUCUCGACGAAGCUAACAAUACAGUAAUAAUGGUGACAGCACGCUUGGACGCAUCGUCGUUAUUCGACGGGAUAUCGCCCGGCGCAGGUAACGCCGUGACGGGGCUCGUGACGUUGCUCGCCACUGCGUACUAUUUGAAUUUCUUGAACGCCACCGUCGACAAGACGAACGUGGUCUUCUCUUUGUUGAACGGAGAAGCGUUCGAUUAUAUCGGAUCUAGUCGUAUGGUGUACGACUUGAAGCAAAACAACUUCAACGCUCUCGGCGGCACGAGCUUGAAACUCGACGACAUCAAGAGCGUGAUCGAGUUCGGCCAGUUGGGCAAGGGGGAGAUAUUUCUCCACGUGAGCGGCACGAACAACGACACGAUAGGCCGCCUGCAACAGGCGUUGAAUGUCUCUUCGGACGAGACGUACAGCGACAGUGUCCCGCCGACAUCCGUGCAGAGCUUCCUCGAGGCGAGGCCGAAUCUCACGACCGUUGUGAUAAGCAACCACCGCAAGCAAUUCACGAACCCGUACUACAACGGUAUCUUGGAUGACGCGGAGAGCCUCGAUUUCCACAGAAACGAUACUAGCGCGCUUGCAUCCGAUUUAGCGAAAAUUGCUCUUCAGGUGGCUAAUGAGCUUUACCGAGAAGUGACGGGAACAGAACCGGCGCCGCAGCCCGACGCACGAUCUACCGUGGAAGAUCUCGUCGCGGAUAUGCUGCAUUGCUACUUGGAGAGCGCCAAGUGCAAUCUCUUCCGCGCCGCUUCGGUUCCCGGUGUUAAGUUGAUCAAUCAGGUACUGUCGCUCUAUGUCGGUGUGCACAGAGCACCGAAUGUCGCCACGAGCUUGACCGGCCAGCUCUUGGCCUUGCUCACCGGCGAGAAGCUCUACGACAUGAACGAAACUACGUGCCACGAGAAUCGCCUCGCUUGGAUGGGCGGGCCCAAUUUCACGGGGCUGUGCAUUAAUUCGACCGUCAAUUAUAGCGCCGCUGUGAGCCCGGCGUUCAUCAUCGCAGGAUAUAACAUGAAAUCGGGUGUCUAUUCGACUUGGACGGAAUCCAUAUGGCAAACGCUGAGCGUCAGGUUGUUCCUGAAGCCGUCGGCGGCGACGGAACGUUUCAGUAUGAUUCUGGGCAGUUUGGUCGCCGGCACCUCCUUCGUACUGGUGUGGUUCAUCAAUAACCGAGCUGAUGUGUUGUUUAACUCGAGGAGAACGAUCGAAUGCUAGGGAUGCGCCGCGGACCACAUAUCACUGACUAGCUUAGACCACCAUUGUGAAGACCAAGGUGUUCUAGUAACUAGCCUUUAAUCGUAUGUGUGGUACGCCCUCGGAUGACGAUUCCCCCCCAACUCGAUAAUCAAACAAUUCGGACGCCGCGUUAUCGUUCUAAUUACUCUUAUUUAUCGUUAUUGUAUUUUACACGCCACCGUAAAUCCGACCUUGAAAGUCAUUGCCUCGAACUUAUGAUAUGCGAAGCCAGAAUGCGAGCACGCUAUUUAUUUUAAUGUAAAUUAUCAAUCCUCUUACUUUUUCCCCCGCGUCUCUCCCUUCUUCUUCAUAAUAAUGUUCGAUUUGCGCAUCGUCCAAAUUAUUUAUGAGAUUUUGCAUUAAAAAGGCACGAAUGUGACGAAUGGAAAACUUGGUAGAUUAAUGGCUUUGUACAUAUCGCGUUGAUAAGAUUUCUAAUAAGAUAGAGUUAAGAGUUCUCACAAGCGGAUUAUACUUUCGAUCAUUGGUUAUACGAAUUAGUUACCUGUUUAACGCUAGGAGAAUCAACCAACACAUGUAAAUCUGUAGUAUGGGAAAAUAUAUAUGAGAGAAUCGCUCUCAUACAUCAACGUUUGAGAGUUUCAUAUUCUUAUGAAUGCAUCAUAAAAAUGUGCAGAAUUAUUUUUACGUCAAAUUUGGCUCAACUCCGAAGGCUCAAGUUUCUUUCUAAUAAAUGUUCACUUUGCGCACUUUGUUACUGCUUUUUGUUAAAACCGUGAAAGAAUAUAGUUAGAAAAAAUAUAUAUAUAAUUAUAUAGUUAUGUAUAUAAGUAUAUAGUAUAUGAUGA